CCCGCCUGAGCCCCAGCCCGCGCCCGAGCCGCCCUCACACACCCACCGCCCGCCCGGCUUCGCAUCCCGCCGCUCCCAGCAUGGUCAUCAAGGUCUACAUCGCCUCUUCCUCCGGCUCCACGGCGAUUAAAAAGCAGCAGCAAGAUGUGUUAGGCUUCUUGGAAGCCAACAAAAUAGAAUUUGAGGAGAAGGACAUCGCAGCUAACGAGGAGAACCGGAAAUGGAUGCGGGAGAACGUCCCCGAGGACAGUCGGCCAGCGAGNNUAUUCCCAAUCCCUCCUGCCAUGGCAAAGGACUACGAUGCGUUCUUCGAGGCGCGGGAGAACAACGCCGUGUACGCGUUCCUGGGCUUGACUGCACCUCCUGGGUCAAAGGAAGCUGAAGCACUGGCUAAGCAGCAAGCGUGAAUCAACUGCCUUAAAUGUCUGUAAAGGGAAUUUCCACAGCUUUUUAUAAAAUAGUCCAACUGUCUCUGCUUCAAGAAAUGUAGAUGUGAUUUCUAACAUUUGAUUGGUGCUUGCAGCAUUCACUGUCCAUGACACAAAUUGAACACGGGAUGGAAAUGGGAAUUUCAGGGUAGGGAGUGGGAGUGGGUUCUGAUGGAAGCCGAAGCAAUCAGACAUCAAUGAGUUACAUUUACUUUAAACUGUCCUGGCAAUUCGUCCAUUUUGUGUAAACUUAAAGAAACUAUUUUAGUACUAAAAAUGCAGAUGGGUUUUACAUAGAGAUCCAAGUAUUUAAACUAUGGAAAACAGCAUCUAAGACCUCGUCAGAUACUAAUUUAGUGCCUGAGUUGCCUCAAAAAUGUUACUGAGUUACACAGUAAAUUUUUAGUGUCUUUCCUGGUUUCAGGUGAAUUUGUAGGUGGUACUGUGUAGUUUAACCAUUGUAGUCACUUUGGAAAGUUGUGUUUGUCUUCUGUAGAAUGGAUAUUUAAGGUUUGUAUUGUUACACAGUUGUACAGGUGAUAAAACCCCCAACAAACCCCACGUAUUUCUCAUUUAAAUGAUCUGUGUGGCCUCUUGGACAAAAAGGGCAGUGGACACGGGUCCCUCACAGCUGCCUAAGCACAAGCAAUGACACAUCUGGGGCAAGGUUAAAUGUUGCAAACAAGCCAAAACAGCCAGAAAUGGCCUUUCCUUACCUGUGUAAGGGUGAAAGCCUUUAAUGUAUUUCUCUACAAAAAUACCAGUUCACACUGCUUAGAGCAUUAAACAUCUCACUGCAUGUUCAAGUAGCCAUUAGGUUCAUAUAGUAUUUUUUCAAAUGAGGAAAUAAAUGUUUGAAUAGCAAGUUAUUGUAAUUAAGCAAGACUUUUUUUUUUUUUUUAAGGUUUUAAAACUUUAUUUUCAUUCUUAUUGCCAUAUCAUAAAGCUAUUACAGGAAUUGCAGUUCUCUAAGUGUCUUGUGUGGGUGAAUUUACCACGUGCAAUAUUAACCUGUGUGUUCUCCCAGUGCUCAUGAGGGAGCCUGUAAUUACUGGCUAUAUUUUAAUUCCUGAUUUAUCAUUUUGGGAGCCUGGGAAGAAGUUGGAAGCUUGUGCUUACAAAAGCAGCACAGCAUCACGAGGCAAAGGGAUGGAUGGAUGCUGCCUUACCUUAAAGAUUAACACACACACAACUGUGCUUUUUUAUUAACAGCUUUUGUCAGGAAUUACUGCAAUUCUGUGAAAUUUAAGAUCUUUUGGGGAUGGAAGUUUGGUUAUGUUUUAAAUCCAGCAUCAGAUUUUUGUUGUUCACUAUGAUUUCAUCUUUCUGAAUGAGGUUGUUUUUCUUUCUUAAUAUUGGCUGAAUCCUUCUCUAUGUCUGAAUUCCUGCUCAAGUUUUUGGGAAUUGUGGAAUAUUAAGUGAAGUGUGGUGAGGAAAGUGGGAUUUGACACACAAAUCUGUACCCAUACCAGUUUGCUGUGCUUCCUGUGCAAGUUUGGUGAAUUACAGCCAUUAUUUUGGAGAAGCUGUAAUUAAAAGUAGCUGCCAAAUUCUGUCAGUUCAGCGACCCAAAACAUUCUGACACGAGGUCAAUCCCUGUCUCAACAGUCAAGAAAAUCGCCAAGUUUAAGAAAGCAAAGUCACUGCCCUCGUCUGUCCCCCCCUUGCCAUAUGGGAGCAUUCAAACUGUAUCAGCAUUCCUAAGGCAGCUCUGGUGAGCCAGGCUGAAUUAUUCCUUUGUCCGGGGAACAAGGCACCAACACAAACUGAAAAUACCCAAAAUCUCUUUGUUGUGUGUGUAAAACUUGAGUUUUUUGAUGCAGAUCUCUUGCAUGACUUUAGGAGUGCCAGGAAUCUGUUACCUCUGUGCUGGUUUUCUGUUUCCAUGGGUGCAAGAACUGAAUUUGUUCUUUUUUUUCUUAUUUUUUUCCUAUGUAGAAAGCAGGCAUUGAGGAUUUAACUGUAUGUUAACCAUUCCUGUAUCAUUCCAAUAAAGUUGGUUUAGAACACUUUCUCACUCCA